AUGAAGACAUCGGUUGAGAAGAUAACUUUGUCGAUGGUAGAAGCUAGGAUAUUCAAGAAGCUUGCAUUAGGUGAAAGUGAAGCUACAAUUCGGUUGACUUACAAUGCACUGCUGGUGGGAAGUGGGGAUCCAUGGACUAUUACUGACGAUGAGGAUAUGCAAGUUUAUCUAUCGUCCAUUAAUAAAGAGAGUCGUAGAUGUAUAUUGUAUGUGGAGGUCAUCACUAAUCUAGAAGAGCCCGUGCAAGUGUCGAUAAAGGAGGUUGAUGGUAGUAAAAGUAAACCCGAUGGAAUCGUAUCUUGUGAUGAAGGUAUGGAUAACGGUAUAGUUAGAUCGGAUAUGGGUGAUGAAUAUGUAGAGCCUCCACCUGUUGUAGAAGCUAGUCAGUAUGUAGAGCCAUGGGAAGACGGUUUGGGUUUGAGUCUCCGUCAAGAAUUUCCUAAUAAGAAGACAUUGCAAGAUGUGGUGAAUAAAGGCGCAUUUGUUCUCAGUUUUGGUUUUGUUAUUAAGAAGUCUGAUCCUGUACGUUUAGUGCUUAAAUGCACUAAAGAUCUGUGCAAAUGGGGUUUACGAGCCGCAAAGGUUAGAAAUACAGAUAUUUUCUUGAUUAGAAGGUACACCAAGAUGCAUACAUGCUCUAGGGCAAGUCAAAGUAGAACCAACAACAUCGUGAAAAGGCAUGGAACACCAAAAUUAGUCGCACCUCUUUUGCAUGAUCAUUUUCCUGGAAAAACGGAAACUCCAACUUCUAAAAUGAUCAUGGAUCUUGUGAAGACCAAAUUAGGUGUGAAUAUAUCAUACUCGACAACGUUGAGAGGAAAAAAUCAAGCUAUUACCGAUUUGCGUGGUAGCUCUGAAGAUAGCUACAAGAUGUUGUAUUGCUAUUUGCACAUUUUAGAGAAGGUGAAUGAGGGCACAAUAACAUGUGUGGAAUUGGAUGAGAAGGAAAGAUUCAAGAAUCUAUUCAUAGCUUUAGGAGCUAGCAUUGAAGGGUUUCAAGUAAUGAGAAAAGUGAUAAUUGUGGAUGCAAGUUGGCUCAAGAACGGAUAUGGUGGUGUACUUAUUUUUGCCUCGGCUCCAGAUCCUAAUCGUCACCACUAUCCCAUAGCGUUUGGUAUACUCGAUGGUGAGAAAGAUGAAAGUUGGACUUGGUUUUUGGAGAUGCUGAAAACUGUUAUACCAGACACUUUCGAAUUGGUAUUUAUUAGUGAUAGAAAUGCAAGACUUAUCGGUGACAUAGCUAAUGUGUAUCCCCAGGCUCGUCAUGGAUAUUGUAUUUGGCAUUUGUCUCAAAAUGUCAAAAGUCAUGUCUCAAAUGUCAACAAAGACGUAGUCGCAUGGAGACUCAUGGAGUUGAGUAGGCAGUACAUAGUGGCUAAUUUCAACAGUGCAUAUAUUGCGUUUAACACGCGAUAUCUUUCUGCUGCGGCUUAUCUUGAGGAGAGUACUGUGAACGAAAAAUGGUCAAGGUGUUAUUUUCCUGGAGAAAGAUACAACUUAGAUACAAGCAGUUGUGUGGAAUCUAUGAACAAUGUAUUCAAGGAUGCAAAAAAGUACUCCCUAAUACCUCUGCUUGAUACAAUCAUAGUGACGUUUUCUAGAUGGUUUAAUGACCAUCGGAAGGAUUCUAUGGCUAGAACAAUUGAAAAAAAAUUGGUGCCUUUAGUGGAGAACAUACUCCACAAAUUAUGGCCCGUUGCUGAGAAAUUGAUUGUGACAGAGCUAAACAGUUUCGAACUUGAAUACAAUGUCAUCGAUUGUGAUGGAAAGCCUUAUUUCGUGAACUUGCUUCAGAAAAGUUGCAGUUGCAAGGUGUUCAAUAUUGAAAGAGCUGUGGGUAAUGGCGUAUUAUAG